GUCGUGUGCCCGAAAUCCCUGGAAAAAGACGAAGCGGCAGAGGAAGAAUACCGGCGUCUCCUCUCUCUCAAUCUCGCUUUCGCUCUACGAUGGCUCUCUCCGCCGGAGUCCCUAGCCAGAUCUUAUGCGGGUUGCAAGGCGGAGAUUCUCGAACCGCGGCUGCACCUCCGUCUUCGAUUAGGUUUCCCCGCGAUUUCCGUCGCAGGAGUUUGGUCUGUGUCCGAUCGUCGCUUAUUUCAGCAGCUCCAGCAACUGGUAGUGUUGCCCCUGCAAUUUCAUUAACUGAUAAAGCUUUAAACCAUCUGAAUAAAAUGAGAUCUGAACGCAACGAAGAUCUGUGCUUGAGAAUCGGAGUGAAGCAGGGCGGAUGCUCUGGCAUGUCCUACACUAUGGAGUUUGAAAACCGAGCUAAUUCACGGCCCGAUGACUCAAUCAUAGAAUACAAUGGCUUCGUGAUAGUAUGUGAUCCCAAGAGCCUCCUCUUCGUGUACGGAAUGCAGCUAGAUUUCAGUGAUGCACUCAUAGGUGGCGGUUUCUCAUUUAAGAACCCUAAUGCAACGCAAACAUGCGGUUGCGGUAAAUCCUUUGCUGCGGAAAUGUAAAAUGUAUCUAUAUCACUUGUGACCGAUAAAAGCAUGUAUCUGUUAACUAUUCUAUGAAUCCCUCUGUGCCAAAAAAAAAAGGAGGUAAAUAAACAAUGUAGAACAUAGAAAAGUAGUUCAAUGUUUGUUUCAAGUCCUUAGACAGCUCA